AUGCUGGACGCAAUCUUUCACCCAGGUGCUUCCACACCUCACAGCGGCGCCGCAACUCCUCGAUCAACAGAUGCAUCAAGCGAACACGCCGAUUCCGCCGAUUCUACCAAUCGACAUCAAGAUAUUAUUUCUAUGACAAUGCCACGACCUCAGCGCCGCAAGAAGAUCGUCGUCGCAAUGACAGGAGCCACAGGUGCAAUCCUCGGUAUAAAAGUCCUCAUCGCCCUGCGACGUCUACAAGUCGAGACGCACUUGGUAAUUAGCAAAUGGGCCGGAGAGACCAUCAAAUAUGAAACAGAUUACCACCCUACGAACGUACGCGCACUAGCAGACCAUGUCUACAAUAUCAAUGACAUGGCGGCGCCUAUUGCAAGCGGCUCAUUCCGUGCCGAUGGCAUGAUUGUUGUCCCCUGCAGCAUGAAAUCUCUUGCUGCGAUGGCAAUGGGGUUUGGGGAGGACUUGAUCUCACGUUCUGCAGAUGUCAUGCUCAAGGAAAGACGUCGACUAGUCUUAGUUGCGCGGGAAACGCCACUUAGCGAUAUUCAUUUACGCAAUAUGUUGACUCUUACUCAAAGCGGAGCGGUCAUAUUUCCACCUGUUCCGGCUUUCUAUAUCAAGGCCUCCAGUGUUGAUGAGCUGGUAGAUCAAAGCGUUGGAAGAAUGUUGGAUUUGUUUGAUCUUGAUACGGGAGAUUUUGAGAGGUGGAAUGGGUGGAAGAAUGAAUGA